GGAGCGGCCUGCUGGGUGUGGGGAGUUAUUUUAAAGUCUAAAAAGAGGGUGGAAAUUUGGCUGGAGGCAGACGCUGCUGCUUGUCGACCUGUUGCACGCAGUCGGACUAAGGAGAGGCGCUUGUGUACAUUUGGUUUCUCCCUGUCUGACACCCCCAGUGAGAAGAACCAGCACUAUGUUCCGCAGCCUGGGGCUCCUGCUGUGUGUGGCCUCCCUCACUCUGCACAUCAGAGGUCAAGAAGAUUUUGAUCUUGAUCAAGCUUUCGAUGAUGAUGUUGACGUAACUACAAAACCUCCACUUGCUCCUACCAAAAACACUGUUGAACCCAAAAAACCAACUCCAAAACCAAAUCCAGGUGGUGCUGAUGAUUUUGAUCUUGGAGAUGCAUUUGGCCAUGAUGAUAAAGGCAAGGAAACUCCCAAACCUAAGCCAGGUGGUGGAGCUGGAGGAGCAGUUGAUGGGGGAACUAUCAGUGAUGAUGACCUUUUUGAUCCCGCUGGCAAACCUUUACCUGAUGACCCCAAAGACCGUGAAUAUCUACCAUCCGCUGAUGAAGGACAGAAUGAUGAACAACCAAAGAGCAACUUGAUAGCAGGAAUAGUGGGAGCAGUUGGUGCUGCAGCUGUUGGAGCAGUAUCUAGCUUUAUAGCUUACCAGAAGAAGAAACUGUGUUUCAAAGAAUCAAACGGUGACCCAGAAAAUGUAAACAUGGAAAGCUACAAAGGGGAUCAAGCAGAGCCACAAGUUCAAACUUCCCUUCUUGCCAAAUAAUCUUGGAAAUGAAGACAUCCAAUGAAUUCUGCAACCCUUUUCAUACAAGUGGCCAAUUAUGGAGAAGCAAUAUCAGCCAUUUAGGCUUUUCUAAAACUGCCUAAAAUCCCUAGUAGUAGAACUCCAUUCAGGAAAACAGUAGUGCUCAGUUACAUAAGAUUUGGGUAUUGAAAACUGAAAAUCAUGCGUUGUUUGAGGUGUAUAUACUUUAGUUUAACUUUUAGACUUUUUUGUCAGAUGAGCAAAUUUUUCUCUCCCUCCUUUUACUUACUCUAUUCAGUAUAUGAAAUAUACUGCCGUUCAGUAUCAGAAAAAUCACCAGCUUCUUAUUCAUGUAGUAAUGGGAUAAAAGUAGAUCAUGUUCCACUGAAUGUACCUAUGUGUGUGUGUUCUGGGGAAUAUUCUUCAGUGUUGGUUGUUAAGCUUUAUUCCAUUUUCCGUUUUUAACUUUUUUUUUUUUUUUGCUCUUAAAAGCAUAGGUCAAAAUUUGUCUUAAAUUCUUGGAGAUGUUUGUUCCAUAUAUACUGAUAUGACUUGAAUGUAAAUACCACAAUGCCUUAAUCAUCUAGGUCAGCAUAUAACAUAUCUACUAAUUCCUUAACUGUUUUCUUCAUGUAGAAGGCAUGUGUUAAGCUUUAUUAGCUAUAUAUUCCCCCACAAUAGCAAGAGUUUUUGGAUUGUUUAACAUAUAAGGCUUAUGUCACUGAGCGCAUUGAUAGCUGCUACUUGAAGUUGUGGUUAAAAACAGUCUGCUUUUCCUGGGUUGCUUCCUUUUGACAUCCACUGGAAACACAAGGGGUUGCAAUCAUACACCCUUGUGACAAUGCCCAUGUACUUUCUUUAGUUGUUGCCUUAAACUGUUUGAACAGGUUAGGGUAUUGCCACACAGGGUGUUUUGUCACCCGCAGUACUGCGGCCAACAAAGUGUCACAAAGGCUGUAAUGUGAAUCACUGGUGGGAAAACAUACCUGUCGUGAAGCAGCCGGGGGUUUCCUGGUGAUGGGGGGGGGAUUGUGUACUUGUGUGCUUUAUUGGAGUGAUAAGGAACCAAUCUUAUAACAAAAGUACUUCAUGUGGAAUGAAAUAAUUUAUUUCAUGGAUACUGAAAAUAUAUUGAGAAUGGGUUUUGAUAUGUUUUAUCAUCUUGUUUUACUUCAUUUAUGUUGCUCAGUAGUGUGUGCAAUCUCCCCCAUAUAUUGAGGUACACAUGUUUACAAGAUCACUUUUUUAGACAUGUGGGCCACAUCCCCCCACAUGAAUCACUUUUUGUGGUUUUAUACUAAUGCUGGCCAUAAGCUGGAUUCCAAGGGCCAGUAUACCCUCCUUCCUUAACAUUCGCUCAAUCUCUAUAUGAUUUUGACUUGGAAAGGUGAUGGGUGUUUUACAUGAAGAAACACAUGGGGGUCUUGCAGAUUUAAACGUAUUAUUGUAUCCUAUCCUUGUAAUAAUUUAUCACUGAUCAUAUGAAAACAAGCCUUCCAUGAGUUUAUUUAGCACUAUCUGCAUGACAAAGACAUUUGUCAAUCUAACUCCUGUUCAGGUCUAAUUGCCAAUAUUCUUCCACCAACAAUGACCUACUAGAAUGUCAUGAUGUAGAACUGGGGAGCAUUCAGUCCAAACUUGUUUGGCAUUAUGUAAACUUAGUAUCACCAAAGUGCCAUUCCAAGCCAAAGUACCAGGGCAAAGCACCGCUAGUUGCCUGUAGUUAACAUAUAUUUCAUGGUUCCAUUAAGAAACUGAAUAAUGAACUUCAGUGCCUUGUCGUUAAUUUCACCUUUCCUUUGCCCCAUACAUCUCCAGGAAAAAGUAGCACAGCAAAAAUAUGUGGAAUUGAUGACUGUUAGUUCUUGCUGUGGACAAUCGGGGGUGCCAAAGUGGCGCACCUUUGCAGUUUUGGUUGGAAAUUGAAUCAUUCAACUAAGGUUCAGGUGACUGUCAUGCCUGUAUAUAGUAACCACAGAAAAAUCUGAUUUUAUAACCUUAAUUCGGGAAAAUAGCAGUAAAUAGCAGACAAGUCUGGUUUUGCAUUAGUGAAUAUUCUGGCGUUAGUGGGUCUCUUGCCAAUUUUGUAUCUGUGUGUGUGUGUAUAUGUUAUACACAUAUAUACAUAUUUUUAGGUGUGUUAUUAUAUACUGCAUAAACUCCAAAACCUCAUCACUGGAAAGGCAAUUCCCAAGUCCAACAAUUACUAAUUUAAGGUUCAAUAAUUGUAAAUGUUGCCAAUUUUAGUAUAGUGUGUUUUUGAAUUUAGUUUGAAGUGGUUCAGUGGUUGUUUUCUAAAAAGUCAACAUUUGUGCAUUAAAUUAUAAGGUUUUUAAUUGGAUUAAAUGUGUAUCACAAUGAUGUGAACUUAGGUCAAUUUAUUUCGCUGGAAUAAACUUUGUUAGCAGUUAACUGUGGCCAUUAAAAACAUUUUUGUCUA